AUGUCUGUUGAAGAAGUUACUCAAAAGUUAGAAUCAGUUGCAGUAGAUGACAAUUCUCCAAAGACUGUUUUAAGUGAUAGCUCUAAUUUUGAGGUCAAGCAUCCUUUGAAUUCGAAAUGGACUUUAUGGUAUACUAAGCCUGCUGUUGAUAAAUCGGAAACUUGGUCUGAUUUAUUACGUCCAGUAACUUCUUUUGAAACUGUUGAAGAAUUUUGGGCUAUUAUUCAAAAUAUUCCUGAACCUCAUGAAUUGCCAAUGAAAUCUGAUUAUCAUGUUUUCCGUGACAACAUUAGACCAGAAUGGGAAGAUCCAGCAAACUCAAAAGGUGGUAAAUGGUCAUUUCACAUCAGAAGCAAAAGUUCUGAUAUUGACGAACUUUGGUUGAGAGCUUUAUUAGCUGUUAUUGGUGAAACUAUUGAUGAAGAUGAUUCUCAAAUUAAUGGUGUCGUCUUAAGUAUCAGAAAGGGUACCUCUAAAUUCGCAUUAUGGACUAAAGCGGAUGAUAAUACCGAAGCUUUAACUAAUGUUGGUACUAAAUUUAAGCAAGUUUUAAAACUAGGUGAUGAAGAUAAAAUCGAAUUCGUUCCUCAUUCUAGUACUGGUAAGUACGUUCAAGCAACUAUUACUUUGUAA